GACACGCACACUCUGAGCUUUCCUCGCCAGUAAUGCCGUUUCCUUUUUAACGGGACAAGUUUAACACUGUUGGAUACCCCGCUCCCCUCUCUGCGCGCCCCUUGCCUCUAAUGUGAACAUCUUGCCCAAAUAGAGGCCGAUUACUGGUGGUGACAGGAUGAUGAAGAUAAAGGGAGGAGGCCACAGCCGAAGGUGCAGACCUCGCUAGAUCCCCACCUUUCCCAAAAACCCCUCCCCUCCACCAUCACCAUCCUCAUCAGUCAUCGCAGCUGCUGCUAUCCAUCCUCGCUGGCAGCAUGGCCAACCACCUGGAGUUGAUCCAGGAGCUGCAGCAGCUGGACAAGGUGCCCAGUCUGGAGAGGCUGCGGGCAGCUCAGAAGCGCCGUAGCCAGCAGCUGAAGAGGUGGGCCGUGUAUGAGAAGGAGAUGCAGAACAAGAAGAGGAAAGCUGACAAGAAGAGUCGCAAUUUACUCAGCCUCCAGCAGUCAGAGUCCAAGAGGAGGGUGUCCUUUGCUGCUAGUGUGGCACUUCUGGAGGCUUCGGCCAGGAAUGAUCCAGAUGAAGUUCGCUACCUACUGAGGAACAAUGUGAGUCCGGAUCUCUGCAAUGAAGAUGGUCUAACUGCUCUGCAUCAGUGUUGUAUAGACAACUAUGAAGAGAUGGUGAAGCUCCUGCUGGACCGAGGAGCCAAUGUUAACGCUCAGGACAAUGAACUGUGGACACCGCUGCACGCUGCUGCAACCUGCGGCCAUGCAGGACUCGUCAAAAUUCUCAUCUCUCAUGGUGCAGAUCUUCUUGCUGUCAACUCAGAUGGGAACAUGCCCUAUGACCUGUGUGAAGAUGACCCAACACUGGAUAUCAUAGAGACAGCAAUGGCCAACAGAGGCAUCACUCAGGAGAUGAUCAAUGAAACACGAGCAUCCACCGAGAGGAAGAUGAUGGGAGACAUUCAAGAGAUGCUGAGAUCAGGAGAUCAGGUCAACCAACAGGACUCUCAGGGAGCCACGCUGCUCCACAUAGCAGCAGCCAAUGGCUACGUGCAGGCUGCAGAGCUCCUACUGUUGGAGGGGAGCGCUCGAGUGGACCUUAGAGACUCAGAUGGAUGGCAACCUCUUCAUGCUGCAGCGUGCUGGGGUCAGAUGCAUGUGGCAGAGCUGCUGGUUUCGCACGGAGCCAGUCUCAAUGCCAAGACCUUCCUAGAAGAGACUCCAAUAGAUCUGUGUGAGGAUGAGGAGUUCCGAGCCAUCCUGCUGGACCUGAAACACAAGCACGACACCAUCAUGAAGUCUCAGCUCAAACACAAGACCUCACUUUGCAGGCGAACCUCCAGCGCUGGCAGCCGUGGAAAAGUGGUCCGGCGUGCUAGUUUGUCUGAUAGACACAACUUGUGUCGCAAGGAGUACGAGACUGAGGCCAUCGUGUGGAGGGGAGGGAGAGAGGAGGAAGAGAAGGAGAAGGAGUCUGAUCAGGAGAACAAUCAGGUGAAGCCCAUUGUAACUGUGGAACUACCAGAGGAGCCCAAGCUGCCCACCAUCCUCAAAGAUGGCAGCGGCACACAGAACGGCCUUGUUACAACUACGAAAUCCAUGCCACCUCAGGCGCCCCCCAAUGGCAGCGCACCAACAUCCAACAAAGGCGUGGUCGUCACCUCCCAGCCCUCGCAGGAGGAGGUUACACCGAGAGAGCGCGCUCAGACAUUGUCGGAGUUAAAGAAGCAGAGGGCAGCAGCCAAGCUGUUGAAUCACCCCUUGUUUAAUGGUCACCUUGGCAACGGCUCCACAGACUCCUUCUCUGAUGCCAAAAUUUACUCAGAGGACCCUCGGAUGCCGCUGGUCUCCUCCAACGGUAAUGCAGUUUACUACACGCCGGCCAGCGGUGAUCCUCCCCUUCUGAAGUUCAAACAGCCCCUAGAGGAGGAGCAGCCCAAGGCGCGGACCUGCUGCUGUGUUUCAUAGCCUCUUGGUCACGUGGUUGUUGAGAAAACGGUAAAAACUAUGGAGGAAAGAAAGAAAGUAGAUGAAGAAUAUUUCUGUUUUUGACAUCAUGUUCCCAUUUCACUUUAAACUCAGUCCAGAGAAGUUGUAACUUCAUCGUGUGCGAGUCCUCCUUUAUGUUUCCCAAAGCAGGCGGGUGGUAAAGAGCUGUGUGAAUGGGGUUCAGAGGUGCAGGAGGAUCUGGUUCACUCAGCCUAUAAUACAAUCACAUAGACUGGGGAUCAUUAUUUUCUUUUACCUAAUGAGGGGUCAAAAACCUUGUUGCACUGGAUUGGAAAAAAUCACCAAUGUGAUGUAUGCCCUUCCUUCGAACGGAGCUUAAAACAGUUUAAUUCAUUUUACUUCCAGCAAACUGAUCUUUAACAGAUCAAGAAGGAUUUUCAUCCACGUCAAAUACUGUGUUUAUUUAAAUAAGUCUGAUUUAUUUUUUUUUCACCCGUCUUUGUCAGUUCUGAAUGAGCAGGAAGUCCGUGCUUGAGGGCGGGCCAGGAAGAUUGUAACACUUUGUUGAGGAGCAGCGAAACGUAGCAUGAGGUCUUUGAGUCUGAUUGCAUUUAAACUGUAAAAAGGGAAUAAAUACAAGGAAACAAUUUAAACUAAUGGAAGAAGUGUACUUCACCGUGGAUAACAGACAUAAAACACCUGCACUGUUUGAACAUGUCACUAUAAUGUGUUGGCUUUACUUUAGCUUCACCUCACCGUCCGCUCCUGGUGAACCUAAACUGACAGAUCAUGCUCUGUAUUUUCUGUAAUCCACUUUGUGCUCACUCCUAUAGAUAAUUUAACCAAUCCCGGCUGCUGUACAUUUCCUUAUUUAUGAGAUUAAUGUGUAAAAAAAAAAAACAUUAUGUUUAAAGUUGAGUGUAUUUAUUAUUUGGAUGCUGUGCGGAGAGUGUGAAUGCAGUAUGAGAUGAGCACCUUUAAACAUGGAGUAAAAAAAUCACACGAGGAGGAGAAAUGUAUGUUACUGUCUGACCUGUUAAAUACAAACCUAUCCUGUUGGGGCAGACUUCUGUUUGUGUUUCAUUGUAUAACAGUGUUAUUUGCUUUUAUGUAUUUGUUUUUUCUCUUAGCCAUCAUGUGGCUUUGUUGUCAGCCAGUUACUGUAUUUUUCUUUUUUUUUAAGAAACUGUCAUGAAUUACUGUAAAAGUUUUCAGAAGCCCACACUGUAAGAAACUCCCCAUAAAGGCUGAAAUGAAAAUUACAAACUGUCUAUUUAUAAUAAUACUCUCAGGUAAAGGAGUAGUUUCAAGUGUUUGGAAAUACAUCAUGUGUUCCCACAUUUUAAUAGUUAUCGCCUCCCACCAGCACCUAACAAGCACAUGUAUGUGUAAGUGGUUGUUGGGGCCCAUGACUGCAGCAUCCAACCACUAGCAAACCAAAGUAAAAUUUGUGUUUAUAUUUUGACAUAUAUUUUAAUUAUGUCAUUUAUUUUUAUUCAAUUGUUUCUGCAAGGUUCAUUAAAUUUGUUAACAUUAUUAAUAUCACAGAUGCUGGUUAAUAUACCCGUUUGACAUUUUUCGUUACCAUUACAUCGUAGUUGAUUUGUUCCUGACUUCAUAGACAUGAAAUAGAGCCUCUGUUUAAGAUUUUUGCACUGAUUGUUUGUUAAUCCCUCUUGCUUGUGGGAGGUUCCAUUCAGAAUUUAUUGCAACUAUCUAUAAUCUGGGUUACCUAAAUAGAAAUACUGUUAAUAUUUAUCUCUACAAGCAGAAACAUUUGAAGUAGUUUUAGUUCAGUCAGGAAUGAUGAUGUAGCAUAUUUUAGAGGGAUUGACUGGUCCAAAUGAGAAUCGGACUAAAAAGUGGAGCAGCAGUUCGCAGACAGGCAUAUGGUUCAGUUAUGUAGGUAUGAAUGGGUAGCAUGAAAUAACCAAAUAAAUGGUGUAAAUUAACCACAUGCCCAUCACCUCCCUUACAACAGUAUCUUUGAAUUAUUAAAGGUAUAACAUUAAGUCAGAAACUACCCGAAGUAAUUGAAUCUCUUAAAGAUGUAUGAAAUAUAUGUGAUCUAGGGCUGAAACAAUUAAUAUAUAAUCGAUUAUUCAUAUCCUGGAGUAUAGAGACUAUUAAUAUGCCUUUAGCUGACAGAGCAACCCACUUAGAGCAGUACUUGUAAGAAAACUACAAAUAUAUAUCCAUAUGUUGCAUUUAAGAUUUAAAAAUAACUUUUUCGCCUGUCAAUAUGUUUUAUCCAGUACCCCUUAAGUGGAAACAUUUAAGUUUGACCUGGUUUAAUACUGUAAAAAAUCUUUAACCUUUUGCUAUCUGAUUAUUAAUUUAAUCAAAAAAAUAAUCAACAAAAUCAUUGUUUGUUGCAGCCCUAAUGUGAUCAUCCACAAACCGAUCUGGUCACACAUGUGUAUCCUACUGUCCUUGUGGGGACUUUCCAUUGAUUUCACUUCAUAUUACAUUAAUUUCUAUUACCUGACAUAAACCUAACCUAAUCUCCCAUCUUAGUCCUAAACUUCAGUAAAAGAACAGAAUUUCUCACUGGGACCAGUCCUUGGUCGUCUCAAGUACCUGUAAGUCCCCACAAAGUAGCAUUUUCCUAGGAAAUUGUCCCCACAGGGUAGCAAAUGCAUGACAACACAUAAAAAUCAAAAUCCCUCAAUUUUUGCUGGUGGGGGGCUUUUUUUUUUGUUUGAUUGUUUGUUUAUUUUGUUUUUUAUUAUUUAUAUAGAUCUACUUUGACCUGCUGCAGUUUCAUAAUAAACAUAAAAAUGGUGUCACCAUUUUCAAUUAUUUCUUAGAAUGUGUAUUUCCAAAAUAGCUGAACUAAUCCUUUAACUGACCUACAGCCUUUGAUCUUAUUAGUGCCAAAGAGUAUUCCAAAAUUUCAAAGCAUAUAUAAAGGUUUGAAGCGUUAAGGAUUACUUUACCAUUUAUGCUCACCCCUAUUGUUUUGUAAAAUUAUUCAUAAUGUAAUUUUGUUUUCCGAUUAUAAUUACCUGUACAGUGUUAUAUAAAUGUACAGAAAACUGUGUAAAUAUGAUCGUAUCGAUGUUCCCAGAUCUCUUCUCAUAUUUCGCCUUUACAUGUCUGUGUUUUUGUUCUAGGGGAACUAAUACAGUCACUUGUCUAAAUAAACAAUGUCUACAUUCAUGUUAUGAAUGCAGAUCACUCUUAAACAAGUUAAAGCCCUUUUUUUAAUUAUCCAGGAAUUAUAAAUCCAUUGCAUGCAUCCAGGUGGCCCUCUAUCCUGAAAUGUUUUGCAUCUUUUUAAAACAUUUUAUAACCAAAAAGAAAAGGUGUUUUUCUGUUAACUUUUUUUAUGUUCAACUUUAUGUCUGGUAACUUUAGACUAAAUACUGCAUCAUUACUUUCAAUUGAUAGCCAUUUGUAAUGAGUCAGUAGAAAGAAAUCAAUGUUUUAGCUUCUGCAAAGUGUUAAACUCAGUAUAUGUAAUAUUUUAAAAAACCAAACUCUGAUGUGACUCGAAGCGAUAUAUGGAGGAAUUAUUGCUUGUUCUUUUCCGCAGGCCCUGUUGUCUAUAAUGAUGAAAUAAACAACAACUACUGAUUUUUGUAAUUACUGGUAUAUAUUGAUGGCUGCAUUGACAUAUUUUGAAU